AUGAGUAAGGAUUUCGAUCUUUGCGAGCAUAUUACUCAGGCCAUUCGUGGCCGGUGUGAGACGUGGAAUUUUAUUCGCAGUUUCACCUACCACUGGGUGACUCAGCUAGAGGAGGGUGAUGGAUAUAGUGAUGCGGAUCUAUCAACUGCGGAGGAGCGGUUAGGUAUUUCGUUGCCUGCAGCAUUUAAAGAGGCAUAUGCACUUUUUGGUCGCCGUUCAGAUCUUACUCGCAACCAAGAAUACUUGCUAGAACCAACGGAUCUUUACCUUGAUCAUGGGGCCUUGAUAUUUCGACACGAGAAUCAAGGCGGUGCACUCUGGGGAAUUCUGGUGUCAGACCUCCAGCAUCCUGAUCCUCCUGUGUAUUACUGUCCGAUUAUAGUGAAUAACGUGGUGGGGGACUGGGAACUCUGGCUGGGACGAUUCUCUCUUGCAUGCGUCGAUCUUAUCCUGUUUGAAUCAUUGAAUGACUCAAGCAUGCCGAUUGAAUAUCACUCUGGGGACGACAAUGACCUUAAAUUGAUCGAGCAACUCUACACAGAGCUCCCCUCUCCAGAGGGACUUGACAGCUAUACUCCUUUUAAUGUGCGUUGGUUCACUGGGACUGAUGUCCUUCUUUACUACACGGGCUUUGAUCUCCACGUCCGAGCCCGUACCCGGGGAGCACUCUCUUCUGUUCGCGAAAACAUCCCUGGAGAUUGGUUGAAUGAAUGGUGA